ACUUUUGUUCCGAAAAAAGUGCUCUGCCUAGUUACUCGCUCAACAUGGGACUCGAAGAAGCUUAUCAUUAUCUUGGUAAAUGGGGUAGAUGGCAAUUAAUGAUCUAUUGUGUCCUCUGCUUAAGCUUUGGUUUGCCCGCAAUUUGGCAAUUAAUGGCAAUUGUUUUUAUAGGGGUCAUCAACCCGCACCAUUGUAAAAUUGAUGGAAAUUAUACUGUUAAGCAAGCAAUACCUCAUGUCAUCAACGAUCUAACUGAUGAAUUAGAACCGUCGUCCUGCAAAAUAUUUAAAUAUCCACUAAAUUUUACUAAUAAUGAUACGAUUGGCUGCAAUUCGUGGACUUAUGAUCCUAUUGGUUUCGAUCCAAAAGGAACUAUUACUAUGGAAUGGGACUUAGUCUGUGAUAAGGAUACCUACGUAGAGAAUUCCCAGACGACAUUUAACGUUGGAGUAUGUUUAGGAGCUGUGCUAUUUACUCCUUUUGCAGAUAAAUUCGGAAGGAAAAAAUUAUUCUUCAUUUGUCAGUUUUUCAUGAAUGUCUUUGGAAUAUGCAUGUCUUUCUCUCCAAAUUAUGUGGCCUUCUGUAUAUUUCAAUUUCUUACGGGAGCUCUAUCUCAGGGUCUAACUAUGACUGGAUUUGUUAUUGCCUGUGAAUUAUUUCCAACGGAAUUAAGAACUUUCAUGGCACCUGGAGCCUACUUGUUUACAGCAGCAGGAAUGACUUCGCUUUCGCUUUGGGCCUAUUUUCUACGGGAUUGGAGAAAAUUACAACUUUAUAUUUCCAUACCACCCUUCAUAUAUGAUGUAUUAAGCUGGUGUCCCGAAUCUAUUCGAUUUCUUGUGGCGAAUUAUCGGAAUGAGGAGGCUAUGGUAAUCUUAAAGAAAGCUGCAAAAGUAAAUAAUGUUGAUCUACCCGACGAUAUUCUCGACGACAACGUACAAGCAGAAUUAAAAGAAGGAGAGACAGAUUUGAAGAAACCUUCCAUGUUAAGACUAUUAAAAUCACCUCGACCAAGACGUUAUAUGUUAACUAUGCUUUUCUUAGUUUUAUCGAAUAACCUCAUGUACUUUGGACUUUCACUUUUAACGGCUGCUAUGGAAGGAGAUCGUUAUAUCAACUUUAUGAUAGUAUCCGUUGUUGAAAUUCCGAGUGUAAUAGUUGCCAUAAUUGCUUCCAACAAGCUUGUUGGAAGUCUAGACAAGGGAAAGAUGGUUACUACUUUUGCUCUUAUUUCCAAGUUCGGCGUUGCGGGGGCAUGGUGUAUUGAGUUGGUCUAUGCCCAAGAAAUCUACCCAACCUUACUAAGAAGUACAGGCUUAGGAAUCACAGCUGGAUUCGGUUUUAUUGGUGCCAUAUUAGCUCCCUACAGUGUCUAUUUAUACAGAAAAUAUCUUUGGGUACCUGGAACAGUCUUUGGAAUUUUGUCGUUCAUGGCCUCCUUCCUAGUACUUUUAGAGCCGGAGACAAUGGGUAGAGCACUUCCAGAUACGGUAGAGGAAAUAGAAUCAUGGACAAUGUCAGUUUCAAAAGAAGAGAGAGAGCAAUGGACAGCUAAUAAUAAGAAAAAGCUUGAAGACUAUAAGCGAAAGAGAGAAGCUAGCAAGGAGAAUGGACAUCAAAAUCCAGCUUUUGAGGAAGAUAAAGAAAUUGGAACUGAUAAUACUCGAAUUUAA